AUGAGCGACGAUUUGAGCGCAUUUUUCGCCAAGAAAAAGGACAAAAAGAAGAAGACGGCCGUCAAAAUCGAGGAAGUCGGUCAGGCGCUGGAGCGAAGAGCCAAGCGACAAGAGGAAUAUGAGCAUGAGCCAGAAGAACAGGUUGAGAAGCGAGGACAAGAGGAAGAGAAGGCUCAGAGUCAAACUGAGGAGAGCGAAUGGAUCGAGUAUGGAGAGAGUCAGGGAAGACUCGAAGGACUCAGAAUCAAGGAUAUGGGUCUUGAAAGUGAGCAAGAUCAAGUUAACGUCGAGGAACACGAAGAUCGUGAGGCCCACGAAACAAAGACCUGGGGACAAGUGAGCUCUGAAAAGAAGGCGUCCGAGGAGACUGAACAGGCAGUGACAAUCUCUGAUAAGGCAAUGGCUGCUGCUUAUAAGCCACCAGCACUCAGAAAAACGACGGGAGGAGUUUAUCGACCACGUGGACCAGCUGCUAACUUCGAUAUGAGCAGUGAUGCGGCGUUCCCGUCGUUGGCGGAUGCUAGUAAAAUUGAAAAAGUCAAGAAGGAGGAAGGAAAAGGCGCCGGUGGAUGGGUGAAGGCUGGAAGUGGAAUGAGUAGCAACACUGGACCAUCGUCAAGCGGACCACCAAGAGCCUAUACUACGAUUUCGGGAAGUGGACGUGAGAGUGCUCUCGCUGCUGCCAAGCCAAAAAAUCCUGCUAAAGCCUUCAAAAAUUUUCAGAGCAUGCUCAGCUCGACUGGACCAGCUCCAACACGUUCGGAGCCAGCUGCUACUCCAUCUGCUGCUCCAGCUUCGAAUCUAGGAGCACCAAAAAGUGGAUCGUACGUUCCACCGCAUUUGAGGAAGACACAGGCCUAA